AUGCUCGGUGGGACACCCAAUUUGGCGCAGCGGGGUGGGGCAGCCCCUAGGACGCAGGCGUCUACCAUUGACCUUACCUUGGAUGAUGACGAUGACGAGCCCAUUCUGGUCGAGACGCGUGUGAUGCCCACAAGCUCGUCAAGCUCGAUGCCGCCGGCGCGUGCGAACCAGCCAAGCUCCUCGCGGGCCACCCUCAGCGAGGACAACAACGCAGACUGGAGUUCUUUCACGCCAGUCUUUCCCAAACCCAAACCAUGGGUGUGCUUGGGGCUCAUAUAUCCGUCCGUUCUGUGUCUCUACGGCGUACCGCCGGAGCUUCGGCUAGACGACCCGAAUGACCCGCCCCCUGUGGAUCCUGCCUGGUCUCAUAAUGCUUUUUGGGGAGAGAAGGGGUUCAGGCCUGUCUGCAUUCACGCCAGCUUGUCUACUGCACAGAAGUCUACACCCAUGUCACACUUCAUCAAGGCACAACAGCGUCUCGACAUGGUCGUAUCUACGCUACAGCCUGGGCAUGAUGGUGUGCAGCCUACCACAUUGAAUGAGUACGGAAGGCUGACGGACAAGUUUAGCAAAAUUUUGGCGCCUUUUAUGCAAUCGCGCACCGUGCACUGCGUGUCACGCGCCAAGCUUGUGAACAAGCUGAAAGCUCGCGUAUUUUCGCAGUACAUUGAAACACUAGUAUUCGUGCGCACAGAGCAUGUGGCUAAUGUGUCCGAAGCACUUGUACAAGAAAAUAUCCUGCUCGAGAUCCCAAGUGAAUACCGUGCGACCGAUUUUCCCGAGGCACCGCCGCUGCAUGUGCCCGAGAUGCACCGCCAAGAGAUAGAAGAUGUGGACGACAGCCCUGCCGCGCUCUCACCUCAACGUAUGAACCGUUUCCGCAGUAUGAUACCCGCUGUCACAUCACGCGAGCACCUGCAAGAGGAUUCUGGCAAAUCCUCUGUAGAGGCCUUGUACAAAGUGCUGCAAACGCAUGAGCCAUUGACAGAGACAGAACCAUCCCCACUGAUCCGCACACCUCUUUUUUCGCACCAAAAGCAAGCCCUCACGUUCCUCUUGGGCCGCGAGCGUGAACGGCAGUGGGAAGAACUGCUUCAGCCAGACGCUCCUGAACACUUGUCGCUGUGGGUCAGCGACAAGUCGCAUGACAAUCAUAUUGACGUAUUCCGCAAUAUGGUAUCUGGUGUAAGACGACACUCCAAGCCCCUAUUAUGCCGUGGUGCGAUUCUAGCGGAUGAUAUGGGCCUUGGCAAGACGCUCACGACCAUCUCGCUGGUGGCCUCUACGUAUAAAGAGGCACGGGACUUUGGGUCGUCGCCCUUGGUACAGGACACGGACGAUGAUGAGCCGAUGCUCAUUGGCGAUUCGCGGAAUCGGCGAUCAGCGGAGCAGGCUCGUCGGGAGGAAUUGCGGUGCCGCAGUCGUGCGACGCUGCUUGUAUGUCCUCUCACUGUGAUUGCGAACUGGGAAACUCAAAUCCGGGAACAUUGGCGCGUGGAUCAACAACCUAGUCUGUAUAUAUACCAUGGAUCUGGCCGAGUGACAGAUCCGUACAUGCUCGCCGAUCACGAUGUGGUCCUUACUACGUAUUCUACACUGGGAAAUGAAUUCAGCCACCAGAACACAUGGACGGCGGCCGCUGGACGUGCCGACGACGACGACCUGCCAGAGUCGAAGCGCCUGCGAGUGGAAGCACCAAACACGUGCCAACGGAUCGAAUGGUUCCGCAUCGUGCUUGACGAGGCCCAUAUUAUCAAGGAGGCGCGCACGUGGCAGGCCAAAGCUGUAUGCAAUUUGUCUGCAUCGCGGCGACUCUGUCUCACGGGCACGCCUAUCCAAAACCGCGUCGAUGAUCUGUACGCGCUCGUAUGUUUUUUGCGCCUCGACCCGUUUAUGGAUCGGGCGGUAUGGAGCCGUUUUUGUGGGGACCGACGGUACCUGGGUCUUAACUCGCGAGGCACAGGGGUCGAUAUCGAUCCAGAGAGUCUGACGCGUGUACAGACCAUUGUGAAAUUCCUGACUCUGCGCCGCAUGAAAACAGAUGCGAAGCCAGAUGGCACGCCCUUGUUGGUACUUCCGCCCAAAUCGACUCGGAUCGUCACACUAGACUUUCGGGAGGAUGAGCUCACCAAAUACAAGGAGCUCCACUCACAGUUCCGCGACGAGUUCAACGAAUAUGUGUCCAAUGGCACUGUGGGCCAGAACUAUGCAACGAUCUUGCACGAGAUUUUGCUCUUGCGUAUGAUGUGUGAUCAUGCCGAGCUGGUGGACGAAAGCAUGGGGCAACAGAAAGAUUCUCAGGAGGUGGCCGAUCUGUCUGAGACGAUCCGUCGGUACGGCCUGAAUGUAGCGCGGGCGCUCACACUCUUCCGCAUAUGGGCCUCUAGCGCCAUGGCAAUUUGCUCGAUAUGUACGUAUGACCUAUCGCAAGACGACGGGGACCCGACCCGGGUACCAGUAGUGACGCGCUGUGAGCACAUUGUCUGCUCGGCCUGCUUUCAAUCCCAUAUGGGCAAGCCCAUGUGGCGCUCGCGCGGACAAGGAACAUGUCCCUGCUGCCACACGGAGUUGGAGCUCGCUACAGACGCGGUCGAGCUAUCUCCUGAGACGCUGCGGCCCAGCAUGCCCGAGGAGCCAACGCUUGAGAUGAUUCCCCGCCAGGUGUUCCAUCCCGAUGACCCUGGCACAUGGCCGUCGUCGUGGAGCACCAAGAUCCGUGCACUGAUCAGUGACCUCCUUCCAUUCUCGCGCUGCAACAUGUAUUCAGAGCUGUACGACAUCAAGGCGCCAGUCCUGGACCACCGCGUUGUGACCAAGGCCGACAAUGAAUUCAAUGUCGAGGUCUGCACCUGUGAUCCAUUGGCGAAGCGUCCAUUGCCGAUAAAGUCGGUGAUUUUCUCUCAGUGGACGCGUAUGCUACAACGAGUAGGCCAUGCACUUAUGCAUGUGGGGAUCCAGUACCGUCAACUGGACGGAUCGAUGAGCCGCGGUGAGCGCGAAGCAGCUAUGUCCGACUUUCGGGAUGAACCUCGCAUUGAAAUCCUCCUCAUCAGUCUACGAGCCGGUGGCUUUGGUCUCAAUCUUGUGUCAGGGUGCCGUGCGUACCUGCUAGAUCCUUACUGGAACCCCGCUGUAGAGCAGCAGGGACUGGAUCGUAUUCACCGAAUGGGGCAAGCGCGCCCGGUCAUAAUGACCAAGUUUAUCAUGCACCAAAGCAUCGAAGAGAAACUGUUGGUAUUGCAGGAGCUCAAGACGGAGCUGGCCAACUCUGUUGGGCAGCCCACCGAGGACCGGCGCCAGGCGCGCACCAAGGAGCUACAGCUCCUGCUCUCGUAG